CUCUACUAGGCUCCUCUCUGGGGCAGUGUCACUCCCACUGGGCCAGCAAGCCGCUGGGCCUGCUGCUGGGGACAGAGAGGAAGGAUGAAGCCAUCCUGGCUGCAAUGUCGCAAAGUAACAGGCGCCGGGACGCUUGGGGCACCCCUGCCAGGGUCCCCUUCAGCAAGAGGAGCCGGUGCAGCCCGAAGGGCUUUGGUGGCCAGUCUCGGGGGCCGGGGCUGCAGAGCUCUGGCCACCUGCAGUGGUGGCGAGUACAAGACUCAUUUCGCAGCCUCUGUGGCCGACCCUGAGAGGUUCUGGGGUAAAGCUGCUGAACAGAUCAGUUGGUACAAGCCCUGGACCAAAACGCUAGAGAGCAGAUACCCGCCUUCCACUAGUUGGUUUGUGGAAGGGAUGCUUAAUAUUUGUUACAAUGCUAUUGAUCGUCACAUUGAAAAUGGCCAAGGGGAUAAGAUUGCUAUCAUCUAUGACAGUCCUGUUACAAACACUAAAGCAACUAUCACCUAUAAGGAAGUCUUGGAGCAGGUCUCUAAGCUGGCGGGUGUCUUGGUCAAUCAGGGUGUCAAGAAAGGUGACACUGUGGUCAUCUAUAUGCCCAUGAUCCCGCAAGCAAUAUAUACCAUGCUGGCAUGUGCAAGGAUAGGAGCCAUCCACAGCCUCAUAUUUGGAGGGUUUGCAUCCAAAGAACUAAGUACCCGCAUUGAUCAUGUAAAGCCCAAGCUGGUUGUUACAGCAUCAUUCGGCAUUGAACCUGGAAGAAAGGUAGAAUACGUCCCGCUUUUGGAAGAAGCAUUGAGAAUAGGACAACAUAGACCAGACAGGGUUCUCAUUUACAAUCGUCCAAAUAUGGAGAAAGUUCCUUUGAUGUCAGGCCGUGAUCUUGAUUGGGAAGAAGAAAUGGCAAAAGCCCAGUCGCAUGACUGUGUGCCUGUUGUCUCAGAGCACCCGUUGUACAUUCUCUACACAUCUGGAACAACUGGGCUGCCUAAGGGUGUGGUUAGACCUACUGGGGGAUAUGCUGUAAUGUUGAACUGGACAAUGUCUUCCAUAUAUGGCCUCAAACCUGGAGAGGUAUGGUGGGCAGCUUCUGAUUUAGGCUGGGUUGUCGGACAUUCCUAUAUUUGCUAUGGACCUCUUCUACAUGGAAACACAACAGUUUUAUACGAGGGAAAGCCUGUGGGAACACCAGAUGCCGGCGCUUAUUUCCGUGUGCUUGCAGAGCAUGGAGUGGCUGCCUUGUUUACAGCACCGACAGCAAUUAGAGCAAUCCGUCAACAGGACCCUGGGGCAGCCUUGGGGAAGCAGUACUCUUUGACAAGGUUCAAGACACUCUUUGUGGCAGGGGAAAGGUGUGAUGUGGAGACCCUAGAGUGGUCCAAAAAGGUCUUCAGAGUCCCUGUUCUAGACCAUUGGUGGCAAACAGAGACUGGAUCUCCAAUAACAGCAUCAUGUAUUGGACUGGGUAACUCCAAAACACCUCCACCAGGGCAGGCAGGACAAUGUGUUCCAGGCUACAAUGUUAUGAUUUUGGAUGACAACAUGCAAAAACUGAAGGCUCGAAGCUUAGGAAAUAUUGUGGUAAAAUUGCCGUUACCACCUGGGGCAUUUUCAGGACUCUGGAAGAAUCAGGAGGCUUUCAAGCAUUUAUACUUCGAGAAAUUUCCUGGAUACUAUGACACUAUGGAUGCUGGCUACAUGGAUGAAGAAGGCUACCUAUAUGUUAUGUCUCGCGUGGAUGACGUAAUAAAUGUUGCAGGCCACAGGAUUUCUGCAGGUGCUAUUGAGGAGUCUGUCCUCUCACAUGGCACUGUGGCUGACUGUGCUGUGGUUGGCAAGGAAGAUCCUUUGAAAGGUCAUGUCCCCUUAGCACUCUGCGUGUUGAAAAAAGAUAUAAAUGUAACAGAAGAACAAGUUCUGGAAGAAAUUGUGAAACAUGUUAGACAGAGCAUUGGCCCUGUGGCUGCAUUUCGAAAUGCAGUUUUUGUCAAACAGUUACCCAAAACGAGGUCGGGCAAAAUUCCACGGUCUACUCUGUCUGCCUUGGUCAAUGGCAAGCCUUAUAAGGUGACUCCUACUAUCGAGGACCCCAGCAUUUUUGGUCACAUAGAAGAAGUGCUGAGACAGACCUUGUGACUUUUACUGCCUGUUUCCAGUCAGUCUAACUUGAUUUUCUAGCUGGAUUUAAGUUGUUUAUUUUCCACAGAUAAACACUUGAAAAAAAUUCCUUAGAAGUCAAAUGUGAGCCUUAGAGUUAAAUUAGUCUAGUAGCCCCUGGAAGAGGCUGUAUUUUGUGUUGUGAUCCGAGCCAGUUUGCAUUGUCACUUCUUUCCUGUAACAUGGGUUAUUAUGUGGUAUCUCGAUUAUUAAGGAACAUGUCUUUUGUAUACGAUUUUAUAAAUUCGUGUGUCUUACAAACACAUUUUAAUAUAAAUUUAAUAUAAUAUAAACACACUUCCAGGAGAUAAGAAUUAGCCACAGUAUGAUAAAAAUCUAAAAUCAAAUCAUAGUCAGAAUAUAAUCUAAAAUGUUAUCAUGGAAACUCAAAUGUUGUUUAAUGUUUUUAAGAGGUCUACCUUGGUUUUAGGUAGUCAUGUAGACAGACCAUGUUGCCUAGCAACACAGGGCCCCAGGAUGGAGCACCAUUUCUAGGUUGUCUGUUACUGGGUAAGAGGAGGCAUGUGUCUGGCAGGGAAAGUGGAUAGCUUUCCACCACAACUUUUGUGGAGAGGCAGGCUCCUCAAAUCCCCUGCCACAGCUGAUUGUGUGUAUUGAUGCCUUCCGAUGACAUCAAGGAAAUGACAUAUAAUUGGAAUGGAGUAGCAAGAAGAAUGAUAUAGAGAAAUUGGAAAGUUUUCAUCUUUUUCUAAAAAUCAUAGACUUUCUGGAUAAUAUUGAGUCCUCCAUUAUUUUUUAUCCCCCCUUUUAUUUUGAAAAGGUCACAUGUUUCCUAGGUUGGCUCAUAUUUGCUAUGUAAAUGUGGCUGAUUUUGACACCCUGGUCCUCUUGCCUCUAACUCCUGGUUGCUGUGGUUAGAUGCAUGAACCCCCACAUUUACCUCCAUUCUCUUAAGGGACUGAACCUAGAACCUUGUGCAUUUUAGGCAAACACUCUUCCACUUAGCUAUACUCCAGCAUAUCAACAAUUUUACAGUGGAUCCUUGAGCCACAUAUCCCAGCAAGGGAUUUUAAGAACAAUAUGGAGACUUAAGUACAGAAAUCUUGUGUUCCUUCAAAGAGGCAGCCCCAUAGAAAUAUGGCUCAGGAGAGAGACUGAACUACAUUGCAAGAUCCUCUUGGUUCCAAGAGAACCCUAAAUAUCUGCUUUCACUGCAAGUUUUAACUUUGAAUGAAUGUUAACUCAUUAAAAAUUAUGCUGUAACAUCUAUUCCUGUCUAUACUCCAAUAUAAAGUGGUUGAACCUUUUCAAAAACUUGAAAAUGAGUCUUUCAUGAGGUUAUAGAAAUAUAUCCAUUAACUAGAAUGGAAAGAAAUAAUUAACUAGCUUAGAACUCUCCAUGUGCUAUCCAUCAGAGCAUGCAUUUAAAUCCUGUGUUCAUUGAAUCAUGAAGUGUUCUCCGAAUAAUUUCUCAAUUUUUCAGUUUCUGCAAAACAAUAUUAUGAUGAGCAUGAUAUCCUAACAGAAUACAUGAAAUGCUGGAGAAAAGUAACAUAUUAGAAUUUACUUGUCAUAAGAUUACGUGUAUCUUACAUAAAAGCUCUCUUUCCAGACCUGUUUGGACUGCUGCUUAGAUAGUAAGUGGCUUCUUAAAGGAAACCCUUUUUAUGAUAAAACUACUUUCUUCACUGAUAAAUCUGAAAACAAUUUCUUUACCAUCUUUAUUUUGAUAGCUUAAGUCAAACAACUGAAUAGACAUUUUAUAACUGGAAACUGUUGAGUUCCUUGAAUUUUCCAUUGUAUGUAUAAAUUUUAUACAUUAUCAAAAUUGUAGGGUUUACAAAUCAGUUAUUUUUAAUAUGUUAGCAUUACAAUACAGUUCAUUUUCCCCAUGUGAGUUGGAUAUAUUAACUGAAUUCAUCAUUUUUCAUUUGCAAGUUAUAAACUCAGGCAGUGCUAAGUAAGGAUUGGGCAAAGAUUUCAUCUUUGGACCAUUUGUAGAUGUUUCUCUUUAUCAGGUCUGAAGGGACACCUCAGCAAACAGGUUUGCAUUAUUUUCCAUUUGUGAGAAUCUAAAAACAAGCAAGCAAGCAAGCAAGCAAGCAAACCAAACAUAUGAAUCACAGCUUGGGAGGAACUGUUUCUUAUAUUUCAAUGAGGAACAUCUCCACUAGAGUCCAAAAACAGUGGUCACAUUCAUGUGACUAAAAUGAAGGAAUGAAAUAUACAACUUAGUCAUCAGACUGCUUAAAAUUUGGCGAGAAAAUUAAAUAACGUCCCAUUCUAAAUCUCACCAUGCUUUUAUUUGCCAAAUUGCUUCUAAAUUAUUUUGAAUUGAGUGUGUCUUUGAUAGCAAUAAUACAAUCUAAGAAAUGUGAGCAUACUUUAAUUUACCUAAAUGGAUUCUGUUUGAUCUUGUAUUUUAUGAAAUUUUUAAACUUGUAAGACAUUUGAGAAAUUAAAAUAAAACUACUUUUAGUACUUAAA